AUGGAUUGGAAGCAUCAAAUAUACGUCACCGGAAUAUUUUUGGUGCUCCAGUUUCAUUCCACAUUAGCGGGGACUAUUCUGCAUGGUCCACUUAAUCCCUAUGUUGCAGAAUGCUUGCAAGACUGCUGUGAAGACCUGGAGAUUGUGGAAUUCGGAGCAUGUGGCAGUUCUGUCCAACUGACUCCAGAGGCUGGUACUUGGACUUCAUUGCGAAUUCGUUUCGAGCGAAUACAUGAGGCAUAUGACAUGGCGAGAAGAAGUCUCAAUAUGACGGAAAACACGAUGGUGGUUGCCCUUUUGCUAUCAGAAUAUAAGAAUAUCCAAUGGCUGCUACUCUUCCGAUCGUUGGAGUAUCUAAUUACUGGUCAACCAAUUGUUGGGGCGCACGUUGUACUCCCUCUUUGGCACGAACGUCGCCGUAGUCAACGGAGGCUCACUGAUAACAAAUGGGUUCUCUAUAUUUUGCUGGUCACAGACUAUUCCGACCUGCCUUUGGACUGCGGUGAUCCUCCAACCAAGUUUGACUUGAACUGGAUUACGCCGGAUAAAGCAGUGAUAUUGGCUAGCGCAAAAUGGCUGUUGAUCUGUUCGCCGAGCUUGGCAAUUGAUUUACAAACGUUUCGUCUUCAUACGAAGAGACAUCAUCAGUUGGGCGGUUCAUCUCCUUUGAAAGAAUUGUUAUUCCCGUUCUACUGUUUCGUCCCUUUUGAAUGGUUAACAUCAGAUUACUUCCUCAGCAAG